UAAACGGCCGCUAAUUGCCAAACGCAAAUGUAAAAAUCGAAGAACUGUGACCGGCGCUCUUAGCACCAGCGUCUUCUCCAUUCCAUUUGUCGCCGGCGCCGCUGCAGUGAAGUCGAGGCUUGCGCUCUCCAGUGAAGUCGCCUCUAGUCCGUGAGUGAAGUGUGAGUCCGUGAGUGAAGUCGCUAGUCGCCUCUCGCUCGCGAGUCUCGCCUGUCGAAGUUCAAGACUCACCAUCAUCUCGGUUGAGUCGUUCUCGUCGGCUGGAGAACAACGGCGCAGGGAUGACAACGGUGGUCGGCUGGAGAGAAUAGGGGAUCGCGAGCUCAACUGUAGGGAGACGAUUGUACUGAGAGGGAGGGGGAGAAAGGGGGGGAGGGAGAUGGAGAGCAGUGAGGUUGAAGAGACAAUUGCACGGUGAGAGACAGAGGAAUGGGCAUUUGAGCGCAGGUCUCUGCUCUAGAUGAUCGUGUUCCUCCACACUCCACAGUCCAGUCCAUACUGCAAGUGUAAGUGUAAACUGUGAGGUUCUUGAAGCGGUUUAAUGGGUGAUCAUCAAAAGCAUAGAAUUCUAAUGGUUUCAGAUUUUUUCUAUCCCAACUUUGGUGGCGUGGAGAACCACAUAUAUUAUCUCUCCCAGUGCCUGUUGAAGUUGGGUCACAAGGUGGUGGUUGUAACACAUGCUUAUGGAAAUCGUUCUGGGAUUAGAUAUAUGACCAGAGGCCUGAAAGUCUAUUAUGUACCAUGGAGACCAUUCUUUAUGCAGAAUACGCUACCAACAAUUUAUGGGUUAAUGCCAAUUAUAAGGACCAUCCUCAUUCGAGAAAAAAUAACCAUAGUGCAUGGACAUCAAGCCUUUUCAACAUUUUGUCAUGAAGCUCUGAUGCAUGCAAGAACCAUGGGAUACAAGGUUGUGUUUACAGAUCAUUCACUGUAUGGCUUUGCUGACAUUGGAAGCAUCCAUAUGAACAAGGUUUUGCAGUUUACGUUGGCAGAUAUAAGUCAAGCCAUAUGUGUUUCACAUACAAGCAAGGAAAAUACUGUGUUACGGUCAGGUUUGCCACCAGAAAAGGUUUUUGUCAUACCUAAUGCUGUUGAUACUGCCAUGUUCAAGCCGGCAGAUGAGCGUCCCAGUAGAGAAGAGAUUGUUAUUGUUGUUAUAAGUCGAUUGGUUUACCGGAAGGGUGCUGAUUUACUUGUUGAAGUCAUUCCAGAAGUGUGCCGCUUAUAUCCCAAUAUGAUUGAAUUGGAAGAGGGGAGAAGUCUUCAGACUGUCAUAUUAUGGUCAUGCUCAGAAUAUAAUGAGGUCCGUUUCAUUAUUGGUGGGGAUGGAGCAAAGCGGGUGCGGUUGGAAGAGAUGAGAGAAAAGCAUUCUCUUCAAGAUCAAGUUGAAAUGUUGGGAGCUGUGCCACAUGACCAAGUUCGUUCUGUUCUAAUAACUGGGCAUAUCUUCUUAAACAGUUCCUUGACGGAGGCAUUUUGCAUAGCCAUAUUAGAGGCUGCUAGUUGUGGAUUGUUAACAGUUAGCACUAGAGUUGGAGGUGUUCCUGAGGUUUUGCCAGAGGACAUGAUUGUUUUGGCGGAACCUGAUCCUAGUGCUAUGGUGCAAGCAAUUGGUAGAGCAAUCUCUAUGUUGCCAGAGAUUGAUCCACAAGUCAUGCACAAGAGGAUGAGGGAGCUCUACAAUUGGCAUGAUGUUGCCAAAAGGACUGAGAUUGUAUAUGACAAUGCUCUAAGGUGCUCCAAUCAAAAUCUGCUGGAACGUCUUUCACGGUACCUGUCAUGCGGAUCAUGGGCAGGCAAGCUCUUUUGCUUAGUUAUGAUUGUUGGCUUUUUGUUAUGGCGUCUAUUGGAACUAUGGCAGCCUGCAGAUGAGAUUGAGGUGGUGCCAGAUGUUAUUCUUCCCGACAGCCACCAUGAAGAGAUUUUACAUCAAUCAAAGCCAAUGAGAUGAAGAGCACGAUACAAUAAUGUUGGAGUAAAUCCUAUAUGCUUUUUCUUGAGUUUUAUUAUUGAAAUUAUAGGGACAUCUCUUUCAUUUUCAAUAACUUGUACAUACCUCUCAUGAAACAAGAAUAUAAACCACAUAGCUUCUUUUAAAGUUAAGCAAUCGAAAUUUCUUCUAAAAACAAGGAAUAUUUAGUACAGGUAUUUUCCGUGCUUGUUUGUUUAUCAUUACAUGAAUGAAUAUUUAUUUUAUUUUCUAGGAAAGUUUAGAAUUUUAUUAAAUUUAUUUUAUUUUUUGUAAUUAUUUUAUUGUGAAAUUAGGUUCUUUAACCUAAUUUUAAAUUAGGUUUUUGAGGUUCAUGUUAGUGUUACUUUAAUUAUUGCA